AUGGCUGUAGGGGCCGACGGCCCCUUGAGUGGAAGCAGAACAUCGGCAGAUUACUUUCACGGCAGGGACGGCCUCGGUGGCGUCCAUACAACGCACCCACAUCUGACACCAAGUCAAGAGUGGGAGUCUCUAUUUUCGCCUAGCCCAGGCUCUGUGGAAGAGCUGGCUGUUGCCGCACAGCAUCAUUCGUCAUUUAUCGCCUCCAAGAGGCCAGCGUAUGAAGAAAUGCUCAGGGUGCUCAAACAGAAUGACCCUGGCACGAUCACGAUUGUAGCUCUCGGGCCACUUACAAACCUUGCUUUGGCAGCGGCAGAAGAUCCAGAAACAUUUUUGAGAGCCAAGGAGGUCGUUGUGAUGGGCGGUGCUGUGGAUUGUCCCGGGAAUGCAACUCCCACAGCGGAGUUCAAUACGUACGCUGAUCCCGUGGCGGCGGCAAGGGUCUUUGCGUUGACGUCCCAGAUGCCACUUUCGACAAUGCCUCCAGCAGAGCUUUCGCCAAACCUGCCAACAUACCCGUCAACAUUGAGUAAACAGCUCAAGGUCAAGCUCGUGUCCCUGGACGUAACCCGGUCUCACAAUUUGACCCGAGGGCAGUUCCACGAGAGAGUCGCGGCAAUAGCGGCGGCAAAGUCGCCUCUUGCAGAGUGGACAUCCGCGAUCUUGGAGCAUUGUUUCACUAGGCUGGAUGUUAUGCACCCCGGCCACGAGGGUGACAUGGCAUCUCUCAGCCUUCACGACCCGGUGUGCAUCUGGUACGCGCUGACUCCAGAUUCGUGGCAGUGGAUGCUGUCCCUCGACUCACCGCUGGACCUGCGUGUUGAGACGACGGGCCAGUGGACCCGUGGGAUGUGCGUGAUAGACAGGCGGAAUCGGAAACGUCGGGACCAUGAUGAUCCCGAUGUUGAGGACAAUGGGCUGUGGCUCGGCAACCGAUCCGGGAACAGGAUCGACUGGGUAGUUGGGACACCGGGAGCCGAUAUGUUUGCGAGCCAUGUCAUGGAUCGGUUGUUUGUGAAGCAGCAGAAUUGA